AUGGCCUCUUUCGGGGUUAUCGUCUCCGGUCGCCCUAUCCUCACAGACGCGCAAGUUGUGUCACAAACACAAUUCGCCUUCCAGAUAGCCUCGCAGCCGCCCUUUUCGCACAUUGUCGUCUUCUUGCUCCCAGGAAUCACGCUGCCAGAUGGCACGGCCGCCGCUGUCUACGCGCAACUGCCGGGCGCAUCAGAGUUCCAGCUCCUCGGUGCCAUCGCCAACGAGAAGCCGAGCGCCAUCUUCAAAGUGAACAGCAAAGCGGGUGGGCCCGCUGGUGGCGGACUCGGCGAUACCGAUGCCAUGGUGGAUGAUGCGGUCUCAGACGGCAACGCCGUUCCCCUCGCACUGGGCAUAUCUGUGGAGCCUGCACAGCAAGUCGCUGCGGCCCUGGAGCAGAAGAAGCUGCAGGAGGCGGCAACGUCAACAAAUACGGCCCAAGGCAGUGAACUGGUAUUAAGAGGGCAGCGCUCGGUCACGACAAAGGUGUUGGCACAAAGAAUCAUCAAAAACUGCUACGAUUUCUUGACGAGCUGGGGCUCGGGUGACACAGUACCCUUGAAGGCAUUCCAGGCGUGGUGGACCAAGUUUGAGAACAAGAUUGAACGUGAUCCAACAUUCUUGGAGAGAAGUGAUGGUGGUUGA